AUGUCUGGUACAAAGCCACUGCAGCGGCUCCGGGAAUGCGGACAUGCGGAGAAGUUCUCGGUUGCGAACCAUUACCUGGGUUUCUACAACAAUGUGGGCGUCUCAGUGACCUAUUCCCAUCCAGGCUGCAGCAUCCCGCUUGAAUCACUCAUCUAUAACGCUUUGCGGAAGGUCAUCGAAGAGCACCCCAUUCUUAGCGCAAUCCCAGUAGACGAACACACCAAAUCACCCUAUUACUCACGGCUUCCGUUGAUCGAUCUGCGCAGCUGCGUUCUAAUUGUCGAGCGAGCCAAUGCUCUGUCCGGCGUUUCUUCCUGUGAUAAAGAAUUGGACGCGAUCCUGAGCGAGAGACAUAACCAAGGCUUCAAACAGGAGCACGGUGCACGCCCCUUCUGGUCUCUCAUCAUUCUGCAUUCUCCCGAAUGUUCAAACCACUUCACAGCGAGCUUCAUCUAUCAUCAUGCUCUCGCAGACGGCAAAUCCGGCCUGGUUUUCCAUCAGUCGUUUCUGGACGCUCUACAAAAUCUAGACAGAACCCACCCUGAGAGUCAGCCACGUCUGAACGCUGACCCUAUUGUCCCUUCGCCCUCCACUCCGCUCUUGCCACCACUCGAGGAGCUGCACCCUCUCCCGCUAACCUUCACCUACGUGGCGAAACUAUUGUGGCGUGGGCUGUUCCCCGAGAGCGAUGCUGGACUGUGGCUCGGAAACGCCAGGCCCACCAUUGACAUUGACCGCUCAUCUCCGGAUACUUCCCUGGUCCCGCCCAUGCAUCAUCGAAGCCUAGUGCUAUCCAAGGAGGUUACGGCAAGACUGGCAGACCUGGGAAGAAAGAACAAUGCAACCAUGACAGCCACACUACAAUGCCUCAUUGCCGCUGCCGUCUUUGCGAAUCUUGAUGAGAAGCAGUGGUACCGCCUGCGCGCAGCCGGUGAUAUCUCCUUGCGCCGGUUUCUCAGGCUGGAUUCUCGAUAUGGGCCCGUCGAACGUUUGAUGGGUGUCUGGGCCAGCCAGUAUUUUUUCGAGCAUCGGCGGCGUCGACGGGCGGAGUCCACAGCGGACGCGGAGUUGGAACUGAGGUCGAAGUCGGAGAUAUUGCAGUACUUUUCUUGGAGCGAGGCACGAUCCGUGAAGGCGGAGAUUGCCAAAGAAGUGGCAAAGAACCUAAAGAAUAACCCGGUAAACCUGCUGCGAUGGGUCCCUGACAUGAUUGGCGCCGGCCUCAUGCAGAUGGGUAAGAAGCGUCGUGAGAGCUUUGAGCUAUCAAACCUUGGCAUCCUCAGGCCGUUCAAAGCAAGUGAUGAUGAUCAGGACGCGGAGAACCGGCAGUGGAGCAUGGGGCGGUGCGUUUUCAGUCAAAGUGUCCCGGCCAUGGGCCCUGCGUUCAUGAUCAGCGCAGUCACGGGCGGGGAUGGGUGCGCCGUAUUCUGUUUUGGUUGGCGAGAAGGGGCGGCGGAUAGUGACUGGCUGGCUGCAGUAAUGGCAAGUUUUGAAGAAGCUGCUAAGGCGCUGGCCUUGUCCUGA